GCGGGUUGGUUGGGGUUGUGUUUACAGCUCGGCUGGAUGCUGUUUGCUGCUGAUGUUACUGGGAGAGUGCAAUGUUGUGCCAACCACCAUUGGAAUAAAUAUAACUGUGGGAAUAAAGGUGAUUUUGCUCAUCAUCUCCCACCACUUCCUCCUCCCGUCUUCCAUUCAUGAGCAGCGUGGCUGAGUUUAACAGCGGCAGCCAUGGAUGACAAGGGCUCGGUGGGGAAGAUUAGCGUGUCUUCGGACUCAGUGUCCACUCUCAACAGUGAGGACUUUGUCCUUGUGUCCCGGCUGGGGGACGAGACACCCUCCUCCACUAAUAAUGGUAGUGAUGACGAAAAGACAGGACUGAAGGUGAUUUCUGAGGAAGGGGUCAGCUUUAAGAUUGUGGGGAAUGGAAGUGAGCAGCAGCUCCAGAGAGAGUUAGAGGAUGUCCUCAUGGACCCAUCGGUAGCUGACACUGGGCUGGGACCGGAAACAGGGAUGGACAGUCUUGGUGGGGGCGACCGUGGCCUCCUUCCCACUACAGCCUCACCUGUACUGCCAGGUUCUGACCCUCUGAGCUCACCCCCGCCCAAGUUGGAGAUGGUGCUUCCUGUUCAGACGGCUCAGGAGAGUGAGCUGAAUGAGAGGUCGUACCGAGCAGAUGAAUCAUCAUCAGAGGGCAGUCCUAGCAGUCCCAUUCCAGAUGAGGACAGCGUUGUGUUCAGCCAGCUGACAUAUCUGGGAUGUGCGUCGGUCAACGCCCCCCGCAGUGAGGUGGAGGCCCUUCGUAUGAUGAGUAUCCUCAGAGGGCAGUGCCAGCUCCCCCUGGAUGUCACACUGUCCGUGCCAGGCGUGUCUGAAGGCACUGUCAGGUUGUUGGACCCCAACAACAGUACGGAGAUUGCCAACUACCCUAUCUACAAGAUUCUGUUCUGUGUGCGGGGUCAUGAUGGCACGCCAGAGAGCGACUGCUUUGCCUUCACCGAGAGCCACUACAAUGCUGAGAUCUUCAGGAUCCACGUGUUCCGCUGCCAAAUCCAAGAAGCGGUCAGUAGGAUACUGUAUAGCUUUGCCACAGCGUUCCGGCGGUCAGCUAAGAAGGCAGUUCUGUCAUCUCAGCAGACGGCUCCGCUCACCCCUGACAGUGACUUGUUUACCUUCACUGUCAGCCUUGAGAUCAAGGAGGAUGAUGGAAAGGGUACCUUCAGUGCUGUAGCAAAAGACAAGGACAAGCAGAGCUUCAAGCUGCGUGCAGGAAUGGACAAGAAGAUAGUGAUUUAUGUCCAGCAGACCUCCAAUAAGGAACUAGCCAUCGAGAGGUGUUUUGGACUCCUGCUCAGCCCGGGGAAAAAUGUGAAGAACAGCGAUAUGCACCUGCUAGACCUGGAGUCAAUGGGAAAGAGCUCUGACGGGAAGUCUUACAUCAUCACAGGAAGCUGGAACCCCAACACGCCUCAGUUCCAGGCUGUGAAUGAGGAAACGCCCAAAGAUAAAUUCAUGUACAUGACGACAGCAGUGGACCUGGUGAUUACAGAGGUGGAGGAGCCAGUCCGUUUUCUACUGGAGACAAGGGUCAGAGUGUGCUCCCCAAAUGACAGGCUGUUCUGGCCCUUCAGCAAGCGUAGCUACACUGAGACCUUCUACCUUAAACUACGCCAGAUGGAGCGUAAGGAGCGUAAGAGUCCUGCCUCUGACACACUUUAUGAGGUGGUGAGUUUGGAAAGUGAGACUGAGAGAGAGAAACGGAAGACCACAGCCAGUCCUGGCAUCCUGCCCACCGGGCCUGGUACCAUGGUUCCAUCACCACCUGAGGAUGAUGAAGAGGAAGAUAAUGAUGAGCCGUUACUCAGUGGAUCAGGUGAUGUUUCCAAGGAGUGUGCAGAGAAGAUCCUGGAAACCUGGGGAGACUUGUUAUCCAAGUGGCAUAUGAACCUAUCAGUACGUCCAAGGCAGCUGCCAGCCUUGGUGCGGAGUGGCAUUCCUGAGGCUCUUCGUGGGGAGGUGUGGCAGCUCCUGGCAGGUUGCCAUAACAAUGACCACCAGGUAGAGGAAUACCGCACUCUUAUAACAAAGGAGUCCCCUCAGGACAGUGCCAUCACCAGAGACAUUAACAGGACAUUCCCAGCUCAUGACUACUUCAAAGACACUGGAGGAGAUGGACAAGACUCCCUCUACAAGAUCUGCAAGGCUUACUCUGUUUACGAUGAGGAGAUUGGCUACUGCCAGGGACAAUCCUUCUUGGCUGCUGUGCUGCUGCUGCACAUGCCAGAGGAGCAAGCUUUCAGUGUGCUGGUCAAGAUCAUGUUUGAUUACGGGCUCAGGGACCUUUUCAAGCAGAACUUUGAAGAUCUGCAUUGCAAAUUCUUCCAACUUGAGAGACUCAUGCAGGAAUACAUACCAGACCUUUACAACCAUUUCCUGAAUGUUGGCCUGGAGGCUCACAUGUACGCCUCUCAGUGGUUCCUCACCCUCUUCACAGCCAAGUUCCCUCUCUACAUGGUCUUCCAUAUCAUUGACCUGCUACUGUGUGAGGGCAUCAGUGUGAUCUUCAAUGUAGCCUUGGCACUUCUGAAGACAUCAAAAGACGACCUGAUCCAAACAGACUUCGAGGGUGCACUCAAAUUCUUUCGUGUCCCGGUUCCAAAGAGGUACCGCUCUGAGGAAAAUGCAAAGAAACUGAUGGAGCUGGCCUGUAGCAUGAAGAUCAGCCAGAAGAAGCUGAAGAAAUUUGAGAAGGAGUACCACACCAUCAGAGAGCAACAGGAGCAGCAGGAGGCCCCCAUCGAGAGAUACGAGCGGGAGAACCGCCGUUUGCAAGAGGCUAACAUGCGUUUGGAGCAGGAGAAUGACGACCUGGCACAUGAACUAGUCAGCAGCAAGAUAGCUCUGCGCAAAGACCUUGACAACGCGGAGGAAAAAGCAGACGCGCUGAAUAAAGAGUUGCUGCUGACCAAACAGAAACUGGUGGACUCUGAGGACGAGAAGAGACGACUGGAGGAAGAGUCUGCACAGCUGAAGGAGAUGUGCAGAAGGGAGCUUGAUAAGUCUGAAUCAGAGAUUAAGAAGAACGGCUCCAUUAUUGGAGAAUAUAAGCAGAUCUGCUCCCAGCUGAGCGAACGACUGGAGAAACAACAGACAGCCAACCGAGAAGAGCUGGAGAAAAUCCGGUCUAAAGUGGAAGGCUGCGAGAAGUGCAGCAGUCUUUUCAACAAAGAGGGUCGCGUGCGGGCCGCCGUGACCACGGCGCCUGCCGGAGGGACCGAGGAGACCGAUGAGGAGAAGGAGGGUUUGAAGAACCAGCUGAGAGAGAUGGAGCUGGAACUAGCCCAGACCAAACUGCAGCUUGUGGAGGCUGAGUGCAAAAUCCAGGACCUGGAGCACCACCUGGGUCUGGCCCUCAACGAGGUGCAGGCCGCAAAGAAGACCUGGUUCAACCGAACGCUCAGCUCCAUCAAAACCGUCACCGGGACCCAGGGCAAGGAGACCACCUAACCUGAUAACCCCCAUCCACCCAGUUUUACCCAGACCAUGUCUGGAGCUCAGUGCAACUCACCACGCUGAAACCUCUGGACCCCUAAACUUAACCCACUGGGCCAUAACUUUAACUCGAACAUUGACCGUUAAAACCCAGGAUGACCAUUACUACAGACUGUGUUACUUAUCAAAAAUGUCCUUGUGUCUCCCCAUUCCCAAGUCUACUGAUCUAAUCACCCCCACCCGUUUCUUCCCCUCCUCACCCCAAAUGACUACAGCCAACCGUGCUGAUGAGAAGGGGUUGAAAAACAUAAGAUGAAGUACAAUGGUACCACUUUCCCUAGAGAAACAAUGUGCUUCCACCGGUCACAGAGAGAAAAGCGUAAAAAAAAAAAAAAAGAAAGAAAAAAAAAAGAGAAAUGCUUCAUUGAUUUCUGUCUUUGUACUGCUGAUAUUAAAGACCGGCAGAAGGAAGGUAGGACAUCUGGACUGUACCUGUCCUGAUGGGAUAGAGAAGAAAACACUCCGUCCUUCCUUACUCUUCUGCGUGCUCCCCUCUAAACUACUGGCACAAACCAACCAGUCCCUGUAAAAUGUUUGUUUUAGGUACGAGAGCUGAUAUACGCCUUUUCAAACUCAGCUUUUUCUAAUUUACGUUGAACAAUACCUUUCUUUUUCUUUGUAUGUACAUGAAUGUGCUUAUGUAAAGAGGAUACGUGUGUAAGUGUGUGUGUGUGUGUGUGUGUGCGCGCGCGCGCGCAUGUUUUUCGUUUUGUGUUGACUGUGAGGUGUAUGUGUUCAUGUGUGUGAGACUGGAUAAAAUGUGUUUGAAUGCAUAAGUAAUUGACUGAAAUAACUUUAAGCUGUGUGUAAAAGAGAAAGAGAAACGGACUGUGUGGAAGUCCAAGGGAAAGAAAAAGCACUAAGGUAAUGAAUGUGUGCAUGCAUGUAAGGGAAAACAGUUUUUCCUGGUUGUCUAGUUUCCUGAAAUGUCCAAAUGUGUAUAUGAAUGAUGCUAAAGAGAAGUUUGCUGACGAAGCCUUGAUCUGAAGGUCGAUAAAGGUGAUGCUAGUAGAUAUGAAUAUGUCAUUUACAGUAAAAACAGAAUCUUAAAAGCUGCUCUAACUAUGAACAGCAGCAUAACUUUCCUCACAUCAAAUUUCAGACAUAAAACAUGCCUGAGGUUUGUUUGGUUUGGAUCUCCCAGCACAAAGAAACUUCAAAAGCUCCAAACCAUGAAAACCUCUGCAUGUAUUAUACAGUGUGUGUGUGUGUGUGUGUUAGAACAUUAUCACGAACCCUAAACAGAAGUGUAAAGUCAGAAUGGAAAACACACAUACACACACACACACACACAAACAGAAAGUUGCAAUUCCUGCUGUAUUUGAACACAUGCUUGAAACCCACCUCCCUCUUUCUGUGCACCAGCUGCUCUGUGACCUUUGACCUCGACUGGCAGUGUCAUGUUUGAUAUAUUGUUGAGCAGGGUGGCAGGCUGUGCUGUGUUUACUGUAGUUUUUACAGUUCACUCAGAACGCAGGGGAAUCUCUUUUACCACUACACACACAAGCACUGAAUUACAAUUUCCACACACACUUUAUAUUUAUAGAGGCAGGUACAGAACAAACACUCAGUGGCCACGUCAUUAGGAACACCUGACGUGGUCAAGACAUUUGGUUACUUCUUGUGAAAAUAUUAGGAAGACAUGGUCUGAAAGAUGCAAGACCAGGCUGGUUGGGCAGCAGAACCUGUGGUUAGAGGAAAAUAAAGAGAGGGAGGUCAGAAAAGAUGUUCAAAACUAAGAGGAAGGCCACAAGGACACAGAUAAGUGCAGCACAGUGUACCAGCAGAGUUCAUAGGGGCAUCUCACAAUGUAUGAUUCUUGGCUUGAAUUUUGUUUCUGCUGCCGACAUCUAUUGUAAAAAGAACGAUGAGGCAAUGUGGGCCUGGUGAUCGCCAAAAGCAGGUGAUUGAUGAUUAUAAACCUCUUGAAUCCUGUGUUGAAUCAAAGGUACAACCUUGUGGUGUAAUAGUGGGGAGAGUGUUUUCUCGGCUUACGUUAGCGUCCGUUAAUGUCACUGGAAUACCGCAGCGUACAACAGCAUUGUUACUGUCCAAGUGCAUCUCUACAUGGCCACGUGACAAAGCUGCUCAUCAGGCACACGACAGAAACUUGUGCUUAUUCCAGUUGCAUGCACCCGACUCAGUAGAGCACCUUGGGAAUGAGGUUCGGCUCGCAAAAAUCUGCAGAAUUGAGCGACUAUCGAACCAGCUCUGAGCAAAAUCCCCGUGAAACAUUUCAAACACGGUCAUGCCUCAAAGAAUUCAACUUGUUCAUGAGGGAGAAAAAAAAACAGAUUUUACCCAGAACUGAGAAAGUUUAAAUAUUAAAGUGGCCACUGAGUGUGUAUAUUCACAUACUAUUGUAAAUGUAGAGGCAGGAGAGACACAAAUAAAAAUACUUGUCAACUGCAAAACAUGUAACUCUGCACCUAAAGCAUGGAUCAAUACCACAGGAGUUACACCAUCAGUUGCAGGACUUCAGAGCAAUGUCUUCAGAGGUCAAAGUGUGGGCAAACUGGCAAGCACUUCAAAUCAGGACAGAGGGAACAGAGGGGGGUUUAAAAUAGUUUGUGUGUGUGUGUUUUCAUAAUAAAUGAAUAGGAAGGAGGCUCAACAAUAUUCAAAUUUCUGUUCGUAGUUCAAUAUUCAUAUUAGAGUGGGGGAAAAAAAGCCGUAUUUCUUUUGCCAGCCUAAAAUUAACCGUUACUGUAAAUUGCAUCUAAGUUGAAGGUGAAAUCUGAUUGGCUGGAAUCUAUUUGUGAUGUCAGAGGAAAAGUCUGAGUGAGAUGGAAAGAAACAAAGGGCCAUUCCUCUAAAGGCACUGGGUUGUAUAUAACAAACAUUAAAAAAAAAUGAAUAUAGAGUUUUUGUUUAUGAUUUUCUACUCUGUAACUAUAACUAAUGUUGCCUACUUGUACCUACCUACCUGCUGCCGUGCUACAGUUUAAAACCACAACUACGUUUUAUGUUUUUAAUGUUUAUUUUGCUCCAAGCUUCUCAGUCAGACUGCUGUUUGGUUAAUUAAAUGCCAAAACGUAGCUUUAUCAUCGAACAACAGAAACGUUAUCAAUGUGUGGAAAUUGUAAUAGUGUAGGAUGCAUUGUGUAUACUUCAUGAAUUUCAAUAUAAAGAUAUCGACACAAAA